CUUUGUGCAUGUGUGGGUGAGGCGGGUUGCGGGUGACGUACAAGUGAUAUCGAACCGUGGUCAAGAAUAUGGCAGAGCUACUGCUAGAUCCUGAUAUUAGAAUAUGGGUGUUCUUGCCCAUAGUAGUUCUCACAUUCUUAAUUGGCAUUGUCAGACAUUAUCUGUCAAUUCUAAUAUCUUCACCAAAGAAAGUUGAGCUCCAGCAAAUGCAAGACAGCCAAGCACUGAUCCGUGCUCGCUUGCUGAGAGAGAAUGGAAAGUUCCUGCCACAGCAGGGAUUCGCCAUGCGGAAACAUUUCUUCAACAAUGAAGAUGUUGGUUUCUUUAAGACACAGAAGCGAGCGCCUGUUGCGCAGAACCCGAUGACUGACCCCAACAUGAUGACGGAGAUGUUGAAAGGAAACCUGACAAACGUACUUCCCAUGAUCCUCAUUGGCGGUUGGAUCAACUGGACGUUCUCCGGUUUCGUCACCACCAAGGUGCCAUUUCCGCUGACGCUGCGCUUCAAGCCGAUGCUACAGCGCGGCAUCGAGCUGCUCUCGCUAGACGCCGCCUGGGUGUCAUCCGCCUCCUGGUAUUUUCUCAACGUGUUCGGCCUGCGCAGCAUCUACGCCCUGGUGCUGGGCGAGAACAACGCGGCCGACCAGGCUCGCCUGAUGGCCGAGCAGAUGCAGGGCCCCGCGGCUGCCAUGCCGCAGGAUCCCAAGGCCGCCUUCAAGGCCGAGUGGGAGGCGCUCGAAGUGUGCGAGCACCGAUGGGCGCUGCGGUACGCCGAGACCGAGCUGCUCGGACCGGGUCUCACACAGGGCGAGACCAUCUAUCAUCAAAAUAUGCUCCUCUAGGGCGAUAUGUGUGUAGCCGGCCAGUUGAAGAUGGACGCGUUUGGGACUAGGUGUGGGCCGUUGUUCCCCUUGGUCGAUGUAUUUAGGGUCCGGUUUAGUGUAAGAUGCGUGUUGGUUAUGUGAUUCAUGUUUUGCUGCCAGGCAUAGGCUUGUAUAAAUCGAUUAGAACAGAUUUGUAAUUAGCACAUGUUAUUUGUGUUUGUGAUGAAUUCUGGUGACCCAUUAAUAUCUGCAACCUACCCAAGGUUCAUUUGUCGUACAAAAAUACACAUACAAUAUGGAAAA